CCAUCAACCCACCCUCCACCCACCCCCCCACCACCUUCCUCCGCCGCCUCCCAAAAGUCUCCACACUCUCCUGCGUCAUCUGUGCCCGUUCCGAAACUGUCUUUCCUCGCGCGCGCGCGCCCCACAGCAAUCAUAAAGACGCAGGCACACACACACGCUCCCACACACACGAUGCCCGAUACGUCGAUGGCUCAUCAAUCUUCGCCCGCACCCGAUCACAUUCCCUCAAAACACUUAUCGUCCAACUCCUCGUCCGCGUCGAACAAUACUCCUAUCACCGCGACGACGACGACGACGACAUCGACGACGAAGCCGUCGUCCCCCUCGUCGGGAUUUAGCCUCAAUAAUAGACACAAUGGAAUCGGCAACGGCAACGCCAGCGGCAACGGAGGCAACCACAGCAACUCCUCGUCGCGGGACUCGUCGCCACACAGCAAAUCCGACGCCGCCGACGCGCCCGACCUCAUGUCCUCGUCCUCGUCGCUAAGGUCGAGAGCUAAAGGUAAAGAGCCCGCCGACGCGAAGCGGCCGUCGACGCCGGUCGCGCGCCCCGUCACCGCCGAGUUGCACCUGAUGCAGUACCAGCAGCGCGACCAGGAGCACGCCAGCGCGCUGCUCAAACAGAUCGAUGUCGGCCACGACCUCAUCCGCGACAAACGCCGCGAGAUAGAAUACUACCAGCAGCUGAAGAGAGAUAGGAAUCGCCACCCGUGGACGGUGUUCGGCCAGGGCUACGCGGGCUUCGGGAAUGGAACCACUGAUGGCAACGCACGCGUGCUGUAUCCGUGUCAGCGCAAGAGACCCGGGGGAAGAAAGGCGCGUGAGCUGCGAUUGACGAGGACCCAGCUGCAGGAACAGGCGGAUCGCGUCGAGAUGUUGGUCCCCAUACGCCUAGAUAUCAACCAUAACCAGAUCCAAUUGCGCGACACGUUUACUUGGAACAUGCACGAGCAGACGGUGCCGCUGGAUCUGUUCGUGGAGCAGCUGGUCGAGGACUUUCACCUGCCACUGAAUCCGUCGCUGUUGCAGACCGUCACGAACAGUAUACGAGACCAGGUCACCGACUACCAUCCACAUGUGUUCCUCGUCGAUGAGCCACUAGAUCCCGUCUUGCCGUACACUGCUUACAAGAACGACGAUAUGCGGAUCCUGAUCAAGCUCAACAUCACGAUCGGGCAGCAUACAUUGGUGGACCAGUUCGAGUGGGAUAUCAACAACCCCAUGAACUCGCCCGAAGAGUUCGCGCAGCUCCUGACGCGGGAGAUGUCGCUCUCGGGAGAGUUCACAACUUCCGUCGCGCACUGUAUUAGGGAACAGUGUCAGUUGUUCACGAAGGCGCUGUACGUCACCAACCACCCAUUCGACGGUCGACCCAUCGAGGACGAGGACGUGCGCACGGCGUUGCUGUCGUCGCCCAUCGCCUCCGUGUUCCGGCCCUACAUUCUCGCCAAGGAUUUCCAGCCCGUGCUCUACGAGAUGUCGGAGAACGAGCUGGACCGUGCCGAGAGGAGUCAGUCUCGCGAACGACGACGGCUGCGUCGCGUACGAACCGUCAACCGCAGAGGCGGUCCGACUAUUCCCGAUCUCAAGGAUAUGCCUAAGACGCACCGGACGCAGAUCGUGUCGUCGAUACUACCAGGUGCCGUGCAAAAGGUUACGGAUCUCGAGAAGGCGAUGGCGGUUAAGCAGGUUAAGGACGGCGAAUCGGAUGACGACGACAGUGAUUCGGACGUCGAGGAUCUGCCGCCGGAGAAGACCAUCCCUGGCUACAGCCGGAUGACUGGUCGCCAGCGGCAGGCUGCCAUCAAUGCGCAGAAGGCGAAUGCUCAGGCACGCUCGCAAACGCCGGAGGUCCACAGCGUUCGGUCGGAUCGCACCGAGCGUUACGCCGAACGGUUACGACACGAGACGCCACUAUCGACGCCAUUACAGCAGACCCAGACCAUCACACCCAGCAUAGUCCAGCGUCUACCACGUCGGCAAGGUGUGCCGCUGCAUCAGGACUCGGCUGUGUUCAAAGUCAAGCUCAACCUGGCCAAGUUCAGGAAAACUAUGGAGGACCUCAAGGCACGCGAUGCGCAGAAAGCAGCGCAACAACUAGAGGACGAGAAGGCGCGGGAGUUGCUACGCCAACAGGCCGCCGCCAUGCCGCCACCGUCUCAGCAGCCAUCCACCUCACAGAAGACGCCACUACCGUCUGCUUCUACGCCUGCUGCGGCCUCUUCACCUCCUACUCCAGCACAUUCUGCCGUGCCCGCACCGCCUCUUACCCCACCAACUCCCACUCCCUCUGCUCCGGCUGCAGCUUCAGCUCCGGCCCCAGCUGCAGCUCAGUCCCCAACUCCGGCUGCGGCUCCAGCUCCAGCUCCAUCACCAGCUUCGGCACCGACUCCGACUCCGGCUCCCAGCACAAACCCGCCAGGCUCAGCCGAAGAAGCACCACCACCUCCGGACUGGCUCAUCACGGCGCUUUCGCGACUGCGCGAGACGUACACAAACGACAACUUCGAAGCGACGAUGCGGCGGAUCGCGUUCGACGCCGAGACGGGCCAGAGCAUGUCGGCAGCGCAGAUCCAGGCCACCAGCAAGGAGAUAAAGUGGAAGUGGAUCCCGCGCAUCCGCUGUCAUGAUUGUCCCGGAAAGCUCUACACUCCGGGUCCGGAACAGACCGUAGAGAGCUUUUUGGUACAUGUCAAGAAUAGAGGGCAUAGAGUACGUGUCGACCAGAGAACGAAGACUGGUGGUGGCGGCGCGAUGGCGGGCGCGGGGAGUUCGUGAUGUAACGUAACGUAAGUGUUGGCAUGUUGGGCAUGUUGGGUAUCUUGGGCUAUAUGUUGGGGGCGGGGAGAGAGGGAGAGGUGUACUUUUAGACUGUUGCAUCUUGUCGUUACCGUUGCCGUUAUCGUUAUUGCUAUCCGUAGGACGUGGGAAGUAAUCAUCCGUUAAUCUUUUUUUUUUACGAUUGUGUACGUUUUUUCUUCAUUUCUGUUUUUUUUUCUUUGAGGUGGAUUGGAGGGAAGGGAUGGGGGGAUGGGAUGGGAUGAAGGGAUGAGAUGGGAUGAAAUGGGAGGGGAUGGGAUGAAAUGGGAGGGGAU